CCUGCUCAGCUGCGGUGGAGGACACCAUCCUUUCUGCCUUCUCCAGCUCCUGGGACACGGGGACCUGGGGCAGUGGUAUUUGAGGAUGGUUACAGCUUCUCAGGAUUUCUCCAAAUGUCGUGGGGGAGGGAAAGGAAUCAAAAAAAAAGGAUCUUUGUCAAUGGUCUGUAACAGUGGAACGGGAAAAUGUACAGAAGAGGACCUUUACCAGAUGGAUAAACCUACAUUUGGGAAAGUGCAAGCCUCCUCUGAAGGUGAAAGACUUGUUUGUUGAUAUACAAGAUGGCAAAAUCUUGAUGGCACUACUGGAGGUCCUGUCAGGACAAAAGCUGAUGCAUGAAUACAAAUCUUCAAGCCAUCGCAUUUUUCGUUUGAACAACAUAGCCAAAGCACUGAAGUUCUUGGAGGACAGUAAUGUAAAGCUUGUUAGUAUCGAUGCAGCAGAAAUAGCAGAUGGAAAUUCCUCUCUGGUUCUUGGACUAAUAUGGAAUAUAAUCUUGUUUUUUCAGAUUAAGGAGCUGACAGGCAACCUCAACAGGAACUCCUCCUCCUCCAGCCUGUCCUCUGGGCCCAGUGGUCCGGAGUCAGACACAUCCCACCCCAGCACUCCUAGCGUAGAGAGAAACAUGUCCAUUACAGUGAAGGAUCAGCGGAAAGCCAUCAGAGCCCUUUUAAUUUGGGUACAGAGGAAAACCAGAAAGUACGGUGUUGCGGUUCAGGACUUUACAAGCAGUUGGAGGAGUGGUCUUGCUUUCUUAGCUGUCAUAAAAGCAAUAGACUGUACUUUGGUAGACAUGAAGCAAGCACUGGAGAAAUCAGCUCGAGAAAACCUGGAGAAUGCUUUCAGCGUAGCACAAAACAAGCUGGGUGUUCCUCGGCUCCUAGAACCAGAAGAUAUCAUGGUGGAAUCACCUGAUGAACAGUCAAUUGUGACGUAUGUGGCUCAGUUUCUGGAACACUUCCCGGAGCUGGAAGCGGAGGACUUUACAGAUCCUGACAAGGAGCUUCCAAUUGAGUCGACGUAUGUUCACAUCAAAGACACACCAUCAGAAAAAGAAAGCAAAAUCUUGAUUUUAAGUGAAAGUGAAGAAAACAUGUAUACUGUUAAUCACGAAAGGAGUCAUCCUGCUCCUCCAAAGGUUCAUAUUCAUGACACCCCUGACAGAGUCCUAUCAGAAACUGUUUCUGAAAAAUUCAAUGGGAAAUUGAAUCACAUGUCAGGUGAUUCACAGGAAACGUUUGAAGAGGAGCCUCAGAGGCCCACCUCACUGAAAAUUGCAGGAUCUGUCAGUUUAGAAUCCAGUUCCUCUUGGGAGGUUCUAAGUGACAAAUUCACACCAGGUGAAGGAGGCAUGUCUGAUGAUUCACUGAAACAGAGCCAUGACCUUUCUCCAGCUAUUCUGACAGAUCAGAAAAAUUCUGUUGACUCUUUUGAAGACUACUCUGAAAAAUUAACUAAAGAAACCUCUACUGAAUAUGACAAUGAAACUAAGAGCCUUUCAGCCAAUACUUCUUCUUUAAGUCCAUUAUCUUCGACUUCAGGUAUACUUACAGAUGAAUCUAUAAAUAAGGUAGAAGAAAGCAAACCCCAGACUUCAGUUCUUUUACCAAAAGAUACCUCAAAACAAGAAGAUACGCGUAAGUAUGUUCUUCAUCUUCUAAAUGAGGAAAUACUGAAUAUUCCACAAAAUGAGCAUACAGAGCAAUCACCUACCUUUGAGACGACAGAAACUAACCAUUGUUCACUGAAUGGUUCUGAUCUCAAAAUCCAAGAAUUAUCUACACAGAAUGACACAUCUGAUGACUCUCUCUCAGAUGUACCUAAAAGUCCAGAGGAUCUGGACAGCUGUGAUGAAGUUGAGUCUUCAGCUGAAGUGCUGCCAAGUUCUUCGAAAGUAUCUGUAAUACCCCACGAUCUCUUUUAUUAUCCACAUUAUAAUGUUCCCAUAUCAGCAGUUUUGAACGCUUACCUUGAGCCCUGUAUUGAAGAUUAUGAUGCUGGAAAUGAUAAAGCUUCUUCCGAAACAGUAACAGAUGUUUUACACAAGGAGGUCUUACCAGAACAGGACCACAAGGAAGAUGCUCCAGAGCCAGACUUAGAGAAUAAGCCAGAUGUCCCUUCAUCCAAAACAGAAAGUGAGAAUGGCAAGGAAGAAACAACAGAUAUUAACAGUCAUGUGAAUUCUUCUAGUGAAAAGGAAGUGCCAUUACUAGUAGAAGAAGAGUUAGAAACUGAAGAAGAUGGCAAAAAGGUCACCAACCAUCGAGAUUCCACUAUUCUACAGCAUCCUGAGGGCAUAGUAGAACAUGUAGAGGAUUUAUCAAUAGACAUAAAGAGAUCAGAAGAAAGUAGCAAUGGGGAGGAAGAAGAGGAAAACACGAUAGAAGAAGAAGACUUGCAAAUCUCAGAAGCUGUCACAACUACUCUGUCACAAGAUAAACUGGAAGAAAUUGCUGUUUGUCAGGAAUUGACCAGAACCAGUGAUGAUGAUUCCAACAUUUAUCUCCGAAAAAGAUCUCCUAAUACUUCUGAGGAGGAAACCUAUGCUGUAAACGAGCAGAAGGUGACAGAUAUGGGUGAAGAUCCACUGAUUAUCAGGAAGAAAAAGGACUUGGAAGCAAGUGAGACUCCAGCACCAACUCAUGAAAUUACAGUUGUUGAGCAGCCAGAGCUAUUCUACUUCAUCAUUUUCUUCUGGGUGCUGGCCUACUGCCUUUUACUCCUUCCACAGCUUCUUAGCAACAAAGUUUGAGCUUUAUGAUGUGUGGAAAAGUAAUGGAUGGUGGCUGGAUUGCUUUGUGUAUCUGCAUAUGAAUAUGUUCCUUCAGGUGAAGCACAAACAGAAAUGUAAGACCUGGUAUUUGUGUUUAUUAUCAGGUUGUCCUCAACUCCUCUACUGUUGUGCUAUGCCCAUGUCUUGGCACAUUUUAUAUUAUGAUAAUUGUGUAAAUAUAUAUAAAAAUUACCUGAUUUAGUAGAUGCAAUUUUGUACAUUUGUGCCUUGCUUUAUAAGAUGCUAAAUAAAACCAGAUAAUUAUCAGUAGAAAUAUAAACAGUUCAGA